AUGGUUGUUACAAGAAAAACACCUGAGCUGCUUUGUCCAGCAGAGUCCACACCCCAUGAAUUCAAAUCUCUCUCUGAUAUAGAUGAUCAGACCUUCCUCCGAAUGUAUGUUACAACAAUAAAUUUCUACAAAAAGAAUCCAUCGAUGGAAGGGAAAGAUCUAGUGAAGAUUAUUCGUGAGGCUAUUGCCAAAGCCUUGGUCUUUUACUACCUGUUUGCCGGGCGGUUGAGGGAACACACUGGAUGGAAGCUCGUGGUCGAAUGCACUGGCCAAGGGGUAGUGUUUGCCGAGGCUAACACGGAUGUAACGCUACUGUAUUUCGGGGAGGAUGCCCUUUAUUCACCCUUCCCCAACUCUAAUGACAUUACUCUUGAUGUGCCAAACAACCAAGGAAUUUUGUUUGAUAUUCCACUUAUGUUCGUACAGGUUACAAGACUAAAAUGUGGGGGAUUUAUCUUUUCAAUCUGUUUCAAUCACACAAUGUGCGAUGGUAUCAGCCUUUCCCAAUUUCUCUCUGCCGUGGGUGAACUUGCCCGUGGAGCGGCCUCCCCUUCUAUUCGACCGGUCUGGGAACGGCAUCUUCUCACGGCCCCCCAGCCACUGCGCUUGUCGUUCCCACAUCGUGAAUACGACGUCGCAACUGGCACAAUUGGUGGACCCCACAUCCCACUAGAUCAGAUAUUGGGAAGCUCUUUCUUUUUUGGCCCGGCCGAAAUCUCCGCCCUGGGGCGCAGCCUGCCACCGUACCUCCAGCGCUGUUCCAAAUUCGAAAUCGUGGCAGGCUGCACGUGGCGCUGCCAGACAAUCGCCCUCUCUCUCAACCCCGACGAAGAGAUUAGAUUCAUCGGGGUUGUGGAUUACCGGAGGCAGAUAAACCGGUGGCUUCCGGUUGGGUACUACGGUACCGGCGGCAAUAACUGUUGGAAGGUUGAUCAAGUCGCUUCAUGGCAAGUUGAUCAAGCUGCUGCAUACAAUGCUGAGAUUACUAACCAUGAUGAUCAGUGUAUGGUAACAAAGCAACAUGCACGUGAUAAACAAGUCAUCAAUCUCACACGUGCCAAGCUCGUGGUUGUACCAGAAGACACAGCUAAGAUCGUGGACCACUUGUGUACCACUUGGAGAGACGUGUUGAUCAAAAGGUUAAAGAAGAAACAACAAGUAGAUGUAGCAGUCUAUGGCUACAGUCUUGAGGGUUUUCUCACAGGAGAAGUAGAUCCUCCAGAAAGACAGAUCCUUGAUGAAGAGAGUGAAUCAAUGGUGAUCAAUCCUACUUUUAUAGCAUGGCAGAGACAGGAUAGAAGGGUGGCUGGAUGGUUGCUAUCCUCACUGUCUGAAAAUGCCUUAACCUUAGUGGUUGGGCUCAGAUCUGCAAGAGACAUUUGGAGGGCGCUUGAGACAAACUUUGCAAGCCGCUAA